AUGUUUAAACCCGACCCCGCUGGUGAGGAGGGCAGUGGGGUCGAACCCAACACCUACAACAUGUCCGGCCCCGAGUCCUCCGAGUCCUCCGAGUCCUCCGAGUCAUCCGAGUCCUCCGAGUCCUCACAGUCGACUCGGACGACUCGGAGUCCUCAGGCUCACUGGUCACCCGUCGCCCGCAUGGGCAAAAUGGCCCCUGGGGGACCCUGGCCACCAGGUGGCAACAUGAGUAGUGAGGCUCCCUGGCCACCAGGUGGCAACAUGAGUAGUGAGGCUCCCUGGCCACCAGGUGGCAACAUGAGUGAUGUGCAGCCCGUGGCACCGUGGUCACCCGUCAACAUGAGCGUUAUGCCCCCGAUCCUCGGAGACCCCGACCCGAUGACUUCCUUCUGCGACAUGCUGUUGAACUCGCCGGUGCCGCCGCCCAUCGACCAGAUUCCCCUCUUCUGCAUCUGUUCGCACUGUAAAGGCACCGUGGGGCCCAAAGGAGACCGAGGAGACCGGGGCCUUCCAGGUGCACCUGGGAGUCCUGGGAGAAGAGGAAUGACGGGGUUCGCUGGUCCUCCAGGAUUCACCGGGCAUCAAGGGAUGAAGGGUCAGAAGGGAGACCUGGGGGAGAAAGGGCCAGCCGGCGCUGUCGGCUUCACCGGCAUGAAGGGCCAGCGGGGCUUCAAAGGAGAGAAAGGGAACGAAGGAAUGGAAGGCCAACCAGGCUCACAGGGCCCCAUAGGCGAAUCUGGUACAUGCCCCGCCUCCUGUGAGAGUCUACCAGGUCCCUCUGGCGAACAAGGAGUCCCUGGACCAGCCGGAACCCGGGGUCUGCCUGGGGUCCUGGGACCUAUGGGACCCAAGGGUAUAAUGGGCAACAAAGGCGACAUGGGUAUGCUCGGUGACCCCGGGAUGACCGGCCAGAAGGGUGACCAAGGUGAGCAGGGGAUGUGUGAGUGCACGGAUGGGGCAGACGGCGCUGAUGGGAAACAAGGAGAAAAGGGAGCUGCAGGGGACAAAGGUCACACUGGUGUUCAGGGCCCCAUUGGGCUAAAAGGCCAAGAGGGCAGUAUGGGUCUCAUGGGGGUGCCUGGGCCUUGCUCCCCGGCCAUCAAAUCAGCAUUCUCUGCAUCUAUGAACCAGUCGUUUCCUGCUCCAAACUGGCCUGUUCCUUUCCCACGCGUCAUCCUCAACAUGCCGGCGCACUUCAACCCAUUGAUGGGCAUGUACACUGCCCCCAUCAACGGCACCUACGUCUUCACCUUCAACCUGGCCGUCAGGAGAAAGCCUCUUAAGGUUGGCCUGUUCCGAAACUUCUUCUCCGUAAUCAAAGUAACAGAAGGAACCGACCAGUCCACCACCAGCCAGACCGUCGUCCUCCACCUCACCAUGGGGGAGAUGGUGUGGCUGCAGGUGAAGGACGACACCACCAACGGCAUCUUCACCAGUGAUGAGAGCAGCAGCACGUUCUCCGGGUAUCUGAUGUACCCCGACUCCUGCGAAAUGCUCCGAGGACGGCAGCAUAAACCAGUACCGACAUUUAAUCCGAACGACUUUGGGAAAGUUUGGGUUUCUAACAACAGCACCCCAACCCCCACCCCCACCCCUAAGCCCUAA